AUGACCGCCUGUCUUCGUUCCAACUUCGCUCAGAACGUGUUAUGUGUGAAAGAUGACCGUCUGCCUUCGUUCCACGCCCAGAACGAGUUGUGUGUGAAAGAUGACCGUCUGCCUUCUUUCCACGCUCAGAACGAGUUGUGUGUGAAAGAUGACCGUCUGCCUUCGUUCCACGCUCAGAACCAGUUUUGUGUGAAAGAUGACCGUCUGCCUUCUUUCCAUGCCCAGAACGUGUUGUGUGUGAAAGAUGACCGUCUGCCUUCGUUCCACGCCCAGAACGUGUUGUGUGUGAAAGAUGACCGUCUGCCUUCGUUCCACGCCCAGAACGUGUUGUGUGUGAAAGAUGACCGUCUGCCUUCGUUCCACGCCCAGAACGAGUUGUGUGUGAAAGAUGACCGUCUGCCUUCGUUCCACGCUCAGAACGAGUUGUGUGUGAAAGAUGACCGUCUGCCUUCGUUCCACGCUCAGAACGAGUUGUGUGUGAAAGAUGACCGCCUGCCUUCGUUCAAAGCUCAGAACGUGUUGUGUGUGAUAGAUGACCGUCUGCCUUCUUUUCAAGCUUAA